UUUUUUUUUUUUCAGAUAUCAAACCAUAUGAUCAAGCGUUCAUCCACUUUAACAAGUUGGAUUUUAUUCUUUUCUGAGAUGGGUAUGUUUAUCUUUUUUCCUUUACCUAAUUUUUUAAGCCACAAUAAGCUGUCUCCUGCUAGUUGGAUCAGAGUAUUAAUAGUGAUAGCAUGUACAGAGGAGUUAAAAGUUUUCUUCUACUUCCCAUAAAGGGAUUUAUCUAUCUCUCCUACCUCGAAGUAGCUGUCUUAGGCUAAAAGACAUUAACAUCAUGGGUAUCUCAUAGAUAGCUAAUAAGAAUCACCACGGUGAUCAUAACCCACUCCUCUCCUCUCCUCUCCUCUCCUGUACCCUCCUCUCUCUAACUUGAGAGAUGGAGCCCAAACAUUUUCCAGGUACAGAAGGAUGUAGCAGCAGCGAAUCUGGGUGGACAAUGUACAUUGCCUCUCCCAUGCAUGAAGGAGAUUCAGAAUGCAGUGGAAAUGAUGAUGAUAACAACAUUCACAUCACCAACUUCAACUAUGGUGACGGUAAGGAUGAGGGCAGUGAUGACUCAAUGGCUUCCGAUGCUUCAUCUGGGCCAAGUCAUCAUGAACAAGCAUGUGAGAAUGGGCAAGAUAGUCAUGGUAUGGGUAUGGCUCCUUUCCAGCAUGACAGGGGUGACAACAUCAAGAAGUAUUCUUCAUGGGAGAAAGGAAACAAACAAGAGAAGAAGAAAGGAGGGGAAAGCAGUUCAAAAAAGGAGAAGAAAGAUUUGGUGCUCAGGAGAAAUAGUGCCAGCAGUCACACUCAUCGUGGGGCAAGUAAGUAAAAUUAACAGAGGAAAAAUGAAGAAACACAUGUAUUUUCUAUCUAGAUCUUCUCCAAGAAUAGAAGCAUUCUGUGAUUCCACAUUUCAUAUAUUUAUGAUUCUAGUCUUUCAGUGCCAUAUUUCAAUAAGCAUAGUGCUAAGAUCGGCUAGGAAAUGCAUGUAAGCAAAGGAACAAAAUAUUGAGAUUUGGAGCAGUUCUCUGAUCUUGUCAGCAUAAGCUAGAAUUUCCUUCUGUUUCGGUUGCUGUGUAUUUUUGCAAUCAACUCUUGUGUACUUAAAUCUGGACCUAGGCUAUAGAUCAUACAAUCUGAAGUGCAAUAAGAGGGAAGGGAAUACAAACCUGGGUUUGCAAUAAGCAGCAGACAGCAAUCGAUUGGGGGGGGGGGGGGGGGGGGGGUGUUGGAUGUUCAGCAGAUUUCACGUCAAAUAUGAGAAAAUGAUCUCUGCUACAAAAUUUUCUUGAGAAUAAUGCA